AUGCCAGGUAUUAGUGAUAUGGCCACUGCGGCGCUCAGUGCCCGACAAUGGGGCGGUUGGGUAAAGCCGACCACAGCGCUCUCGCCUCUUGGGACGCAAGAGCAACCAAGCUUCCCGCAUUGGCUUUCCAAUAAUCCUCUACCUCAAGGUCGACCAUGGGGUGGCUGUGAUGCUUGGAACACGAACUAUUACGAGACCACACCCAACACGGGCGUGACUCGAUACUACGACUGGACGGUUGAGAAGCAGAGCUGCGCGCCUGACGGUGUUAACAUCACUUGUCUUCUGGCCAAUGGGCAGUACCCUGGACCUACUAUCGAAGCCAACUGGGGCGACUGGAUCGAAGUCAAAGUUACGAACAACGUCGAGGACGAAGGCACGGCUAUCCAUUGGCACGGACUCUUGCAAAAGGGAACGCAGUACAUGGAUGGUGUGCCAGGUUUCAGCCAAUGUCCGAUCGCACCUUACUCUUCCUUUACGUACCGUUUCCAGGCUGAUCUAUAUGGCACCUCGCACGUAUUCCUCGGUGACCCACAUGAGCACACAGCGAACUAA